CCUUAUAGCUCCUCACAACGAGCAUGAAAAUUCAAAUUGGUUUUCUAGUUUUUUUAUUACUGGACGGUUAUAUUAAAAGACCGUUUCUUCAACUCAUCCAAAUUAUCCUGGUGCACGCUAUAUGGCGCGUUCCCAGUCGAAAAUGAUUCGGGCCGCCAUGGUCGUGGACGACCCUAAUAUGGUGGCCUGGCUGCCAUACCUUAACUUUCUUCGCUUUCUGAAGCGAAACUUCUAUCCCAGGACUGAUUUGCGCCGCUUACUUCAGGUGGGACUCAUCCGUUGGAUCGCACUUAGCGAUGCCCAGAAGAGGUUAUUUGAGCCAGAACGAAUCCUGGCGCGUGUGGCUCGCAGGCAAAGGAAUAAACGACGCCGCCGACUACUUCGCCGUGCUCGGCAUGGCCAGAAAGGACGUGGUGCAGUGCGACGCCCCAUCUACGACAGCCGUCCUAAACCGCGACGCCGCAAACCGAAGUAGAGAGUGAGCAAUGCAUUUUGAAAUCAAAACUACUAUUCUUAGUCGGUAAAAGCGAGGCAAGCACUGCAGCUAAAUGUAUUUAUAUAUAUAUAAAUAUAUAUUUUUUUUUACC